AGGAAAACAACCCGCCUUUCCGGUUGUGUAUACGCCAAUCACGUGUCCACAUCCGGAAGCAGCUCACCGUACCUGUAGUGUGGUUCAGAAAGCAGCUAGUUAGCCGCUACAGUGUCAGAAAGCUAAAAACAAAACACCUUAUUUUUAUUAAGAUACACAGUUUCCUGUUCUGAACGUCACCCGGUGAACUCGCUCACACCGCAGGCACAAACGCUACCAUGGUUGGUGUUAAAGUGAUCGCUAGCGACCCGGACUUCCAACCGGAGCUAGCGGCCGCCGGCUCCAGGCUCGCCGUAGUGAAGUUUACAAUGGCCGGGUGUCGGCCCUGCGUCAGAAUAGCUCCAGCCUUCAACGCGUUGAGCAACAAGUACCCACAGGUUGUCUUCCUUGAAGUAGAUGUUCAUGUCUGUCAGGGAACAGCGGCCGCCAACAACAUCUCAGCCACGCCGACGUUCUUGUUCUUCAGGAACCGGGUUCGGGUGGACCAGUAUCAGGGGGCAGAUUCCGCGGGUCUGGAGGAGAAGAUCAAACAGCACACGGAGAACGACCCGGGAAACAGCGAGGACUCGGACAUUCCAAAGGGAUACAUGGACCUCAUGCCUUUCGUCAGCAAAGCCGGCUGCGAGUGCCUCAACGAGAGCGACGAAUGUGGCUUCGAUAACUGCCUAACGAAAGACUCCUCCUACAUGGAGUCCGAUUGUGACGAGCAGUUGCUGAUAACUAUGGCCUUCAACCAGCCUGUGAAGCUGUACUCCAUGAAGCUCCUGUCCUCUGACUUUGCUCAAGCCCCCAAGGUGGUGAAGGUCUUCAUCAACCUGCCCCGGUCGAUGGGCUUUGACGAUGCCGAGCGGAGCGAAGCCACUCAGAGUCUGGAGCUGACGGAGGAAGACUACAAAGAAGAUGGCCUGAUUCCGCUGCGCUACGUCAAGUUUCAGAACGUGCAGAGCGUCACGUUGUUCAUCAAGUCAAACCAAGGAGACGAGGAGACAACAAAAAUCAACUACCUGACGUUCAUUGGCACUCCAGUACAGGCCACCAACAUGAGCGACUUCAAGAGGGUUGUGGGAAAGAAAGGAGAGAGUCACUGAGUGGGGGACGCUGAGAAGAAGAAGAAGAAGAAGAAGAAGAAGAAUAGGAAGCUGCAGAUACAUCCAAGGACUUUCCCUCUGCCAAAGCUGCCACACACACAGACACACACACAGCCUCCAGCUGACCUCCUCAAGCUCUUGAGGAAAUUCUCCGUUGUCUGAGGAGACAGUCUACAAGUUUGUAUUGUAAUUCUGAUAAAAAUGGCUGUAAAUAAAAC